AUGUCCGAGCUGGCGCUGGACGGGGCAGAGGUUGUCGUGCAGCGCUACGGUGGCCCAGACUCUCAGCUCCCCACCUUCCUGCGGGCUCAGCGCGCCAACUACCGGGAACUCACCCUCUACGACUGGGGCCUGCCCGAAGACCGCGGCCCCGUUUUGUCCCUCAUCAACGAAAUGGAGCAGGGCCAUAUCGACGCCCUGGCAUUUACCAGCCGACCCCAGGUGCCCAAUUUGCUGACCAUUGCCGCCGAAGCCGGUAAAGAAGACUCUCUGCGGCACUGCCUGUCUGGACCGGUUGCCGUUGCGUCAGUGGGCCCCGUGUGUACCCGGAAGCUGGAGGAAUGCGGAAUUACCGUGAACGUGGAACCCGAACAUCCCCACAUGGGCAACCUGGUGUUGGCGGUUGCUGACUACUUCAACGACGCCAGCUAG